GAGCGUGUGUAGCCUACUGGUUGUGAGUGUAUGUCAGAGUGCGAAUCGAUCCGCGGCUACGACAGCCAAAUUAACGGGAGCAGUUUUUCAUGUUAACGGCAGCAGUAUUUGCAUUACGACCACACCUGCAUUGAGCGACGCUAACAACUUGGAUAUAAGCGCUGUCUGGCGAGGGUGAGGAGGGCCUCCGGGCACCAGCCGCUAGGUCCUAACUGGGAAGGCGACGCGGGCCCCUGAUUGGCUGACAGGUGGCAGCGAGCGGGGGUGAGGUGAGCUAGUCCUACCCCUCCUUGCCACGUUGGCAUCUUCUCCUCGUCUCUCUCUUCGUCCACCUCAUCCCUCUCUUCCCCCGGCAUUCUCCACCAUGGCACUCCUUCCCACCUCUCUUUCUGCCUCCAUCCCCUUCCUCCUCUUCCUCCUCCUCCCCCUUCCUUCACCCUGCGCCCUGGAGUCUCUACGAGGAGGAGGAGGAGUAGGAGAGGAAGAGAACCGCUCCAUCGCCACCAUGUCCUAUCCCUCCAUGUCUCCGGAGUUCUGGAGCAACAGCAGCACGGAGCUGGGCAGCAGUUCAAAGUGUUCGCAGCCGGUGGUGUGCAGGCCGGGCACCCUGCUGCCCGUGUGGAAGCCCCUGAGCCCCGGGCUGGGCGACCAGGUAGCCAGGGCCGUGGUCUACUUCACCUGUCUCAUGUACAUGUUCCUGGGAGUGUCCAUCAUCGCAGACCGUUUCAUGGCCUCUAUCGAGGUCAUAACCUCACAGGAGAAGGAGGUGACCAUCACCAUGCCAAGCGGUGAGACAUCUGUGGCCACUGUACGUAUCUGGAACGAGACUGUGUCCAACUUGACUCUGAUGGCUCUAGGCUCCUCCGCCCCAGAGAUCCUGCUGUCUGUCAUAGAGGUGUGUGGGCAUGGGUUUGAGGCGGGUGAGCUGGGCCCUGGCACCAUCGUCGGCAGCGCCGCCUUCAACAUGUUUGUGAUCAUCGCCAUCUGUGUGUGGGUCAUCCCUGAAGGAGAGACCAGGAAGAUCAAACACCUGCGUGUGUUCUUCAUCACAGCCUUCUGGAGCAUCUUCGCCUAUAUCUGGCUCUUCCUCAUCCUCUCUGUCAUCUCACCCGGAGUAGUGGAGGUGUGGGAGGCUCUGGUCACCCUGUUCUACUUCCCAGUGUGUGUGAUCCUGGCCUGGAUCGCCGACCGACGCCUGCUCUUCUACAAGUACAUGGCCAAGCGUUACCGCGCCGACAAGCACGGCAUCGUCGUGGAGACUGAGGGGGACACAACCCCGAAAGGCUUCGAGAUGAUUAUGGACGGAAAGUUCCCUCAGAGUGGAGGGGGGGUGGGAAUGAUGCCCAGUGAGAACUGCCAGGAUGGGGCCAACAAUGUGGCGGGCACCGUGGCCUACCUGCCCAACUCCAACAGCACCAUGGUGACCGUAGAGAAUACCAAGGAGCUGGACGAGAGCCGCAAGGAGGUGAUCCGCAUCCUGAAGCAGCUGAAGCAGAAGUUUCCGGACAAGGAACUGGAUCAGCUGGUAGAUCUUGCCAACUACUACGCCCUCCUCCAUCAACAGAAGAGCCGCGCCUUCUACCGCAUCCAGGCUACGCGCAUGAUGACCGGCGCCGGCAACGUGCUCAAGAGGCACGCCGCCGACCACUCCCGCCGCGCCGCCGCCGUGGACGAGGAAGUGGUCUGCGAGGACGACGACCUGGCUGAGUGCAGCCGCCUGGCGUUCGAGAGCACCCACAGCCAGUGUAUGGAGAACUGCGGCAUACUGAGGCUGGCUGUGGUGUGUCAAGGGGGCCUGGGGGAGAGCACCUUCUAUGUGGACUACCGGACCGAGGACGGCUCAGCCAAUGCCGGGUCCGACUACGAGUACAGCGAGGGAACGCUGGUGUUCAAACCCGGAGAGACCCGCAAGGAGAUCAAGGUCGGCAUCAUCGAUGAUGACAUCUUCGAGGAGGACGAGCACUUUUUUGUGCGGCUGCUCAACCUGCGCAUUGGUGACACAGAGGGAAUGUUCGAGAGUGAUGAGCCAGGCGCGGGACCCAAGGGCCGUCUGGUGGAGCCACUGGUCGCCACGGUGACCAUCCUGGACGACGACCAUGCUGGCAUCUUCACAUUCCGUGAUCGGCUGGUGCGCGUCAGCGAGAGUGUUGGCACCAUGGAGAUCUCAGUUGUGAGGAACUCGGGCGCUCGCGGCACGGUGAUCCUGCCCUAUCACACGGAGGCGGGCACUGCGAAGGGGGGCGGCGUGGACUACGAGGACACCCAGGGAGAGCUGGAGUUCUCCAACGACCAGACAAAUCAGACCCUGCAGGUGAGGAUAAUUGACGAUGAGGAGUAUGAGAAAAAGGAGAACUUCUUCAUCGUACUAGAGGAACCGCGCUGGCUGAAGAGGGGAAUCUCAGCCCUUCUGCUUAACCAAGAGGAUCCUGAUGGCCAGAUGAGUGCAGAAGAGGAGGAGGCGAGGCGCAUUGCAGAGAUGGGAAAGCCCAUCUUGGGGGAGCACAGCCGGCUGGAGGUGGUCAUUGAGGAGUCUUAUGAGUUCAAGAGCACCGUUGACAAGCUCAUUAAGAAGACCAACUUGGCCCUUGUGAUUGGCACUCACUCCUGGAGGGAGCAGUUCGUGGAAGCUGUGACUGUCAGCGCAGGUGAUGACGAUGAUGAAGAGGGGCGUGAGGAGCGUCUGCCAUCCUGCUACGACUACGUCAUGCACUUCCUGACGGUGUUCUGGAAGGUUCUGUUCGCCUUCGUUCCGCCCACCGAGUACUGGAAUGGCUGGGCCUGCUUCUUCGUGUCCAUCUCGGUUAUCGGCAUCCUGACUGCUGUCAUCGGGGACCUAGCCUCCCACUUCGGCUGCACUGUGGGUCUCAGGGACACUGUCACUGCCGUAGUGUUUGUGGCUCUGGGUACUUCCAUUCCUGACACGUUUGCCAGCAAGGUGGCGGCUACGCAGGACCAGCACGCUGAUGCGUCGGUGGGCAAUGUGACGGGCAGCAACGCGGUCAACGUGUUCCUGGGCAUCGGGGUGGCGUGGUCGGUGGCGGCCGUCUACUGGAAGGUGCAGGGCAAGGAAUUCCGCGUGGACCCAGGCUCCCUAGCCUUCUCCGUCACGCUCUUCACCAGCUUCGCCUUCAUCUGCAUGGGAGUGCUAUUGUUCCGCCGGCGGCCCUCUAUCGGGGGGGAGCUGGGCGGGCCGCGGACAGCACGCAUCAUCACCAGCCUCUUCUUCCUGGGCCUCUGGUUCCUCUACGUCCUCUUCUCCAGCCUGGAGGCCUACUGCCACAUAGAGGGCUUUUAGAGGACACAUGAGAGCAGAGACAGGGCUACUAGUCAAAACACUGAUAUACAUUAUAGUUAUUAUAAUACACACAUCUACAACAGGACAGGGCCCAGGCCAAAGGUUGGGACCUGGUCAUUGUCACUGGAUCACUAAUACCUAAGGGAUCUAUAGACAUACCAGAUAUAAACACACAAUUACAUACAAACACAUACUGAAAUAUGAACUGUACAUAUAACUACAUGCAUGUGCCAACAAAUGCAAAUGUAGUCUCUCACCAAGACAAACACACACACAUACAAUACUGUAACAAGGGCACCACACAGGUUGUGUGUGGCCUGGAGCCUGGAUGAUACCCAGUUAACAUCAACCUCCUAUUUAUUGCACACUCAAAUGUUAUACACACUCACUGGACAAACGAGGAAGAGAAGGAGAGAAAACAAAGUAUUGGUCAAGGAAGUGAUGAAGAAAUCAAAGAAGGAAGCAUGUUCAGAAUGUAAACCAGCAUGUUGGAAAAGGGGGAGAGCGAAAGAGAUAAAGUGACAAACAGGUGUGUAGAAACUUAGUGUUGCAGUGGCAUUCUAUUCAUUCCAGCUGGCUGCCUAACAUGAUUUUGGGUCCAGCUAGACUGCUUUAACUGAAGCAAAACCAUGGGUUUUGCAGGGAUGGCCAUAGCUCUAUCACCGGUGCAGCAGAGGCAAACCAGACUCAAAGUACAGUGGUGCAAAAAAUACUCAAUUGUCAGACUUGAGUAAAACUAAAAGUAAAUGCUAUACAUCAAAUUCCGGAUAUUAAACAAACCAGACCGCACAAAUGUAUUUUUUAUGGACAGCCAGGGGCAUACUCCAAAACGUACACAUAAUUUACAAACGCACUAUUUGUGUUUAGUGAGUCUGCCAGAUCAGAGGCAGUAGGGAUGACAAUGCGUUAUAUUGAUAGGUGCGUGGAAUUGGACCAUAUUGCUCUCCUGCCUGAGCAUUCUAAAUGUAACGAGUACUUUUGGGUGUCAGUGAAAGGGUAUGGAAGUAAAAAAUGAUAUAUUUUCUUUAGGAAUGUUGUUGAGUACCAGUGAAAGUUGUCAAAAAUAUAAAUAGUAAGGUAGGAAACAUAACUUGUUUUUGGAGUAAGUUUUAAGUCAAAGUAUUUUUACUUAGUUACUUUACACCACUGCGUAGUAGUGGAAUGGGACCAUCUUCAGUCGCUAUGACGGAGCACCAUGAAAAUGGUUGAUCAAUGAGUAAAAUGUUUACAUUUAGCAACGGGAGAUACUGAGUAAAACAACAACAAAACUGAAAGCCCCCAAGUUGCAGUUAUACUUUUCUAUAGAGAGGUGGGAAUUCCGCAUGACAUUAAAACAAGGUCUCAAUGCGGUGUUGGUGUAAAUACAUGCUUAUAUACUAUAGGAGAGUAGAUGUAUUUAAUAGAGGGACUUCUCUACAGAUAUGGUAGAAUCGGGUGGCCAAUGGGAACAGAUAUAAUGCAUGGUGUUCAGAAACUAGUCACCACUCUCCGACUUGACAGGAAAAUGACUUUUGGAGAUCGCUUGUGUAAGUUAUGGCUCCUCGACGAGACAUCAUUCUUUCUCAUAACUACAGUCCCAUCCAUUGAAGAUAAACAGAGCGAUCCAGAGGGAUUAAAUAUACAUUUGCCUCCUCAUCUGUGGACUUCUGAAUGAAGGGAAGACCAGAGUUUCUGGAGGCAUCACUCUGAAUAAAGAAAGUCUCACAUCCAGCUCUUGAGGCUCUUACUGUUCACAUCUCACUGGACUUCAGAUAUUACAGUGGAGAUCAUAGAUCUGCAUUCCACUCCAGACAGUAGAGUCCUCCAUCACCAUCAUGUUUGAGACAUUGUACAUUUUUAUGACCUUUCGCAACCGCCAUACGAGUGAAAUGAGGAUUUAGCAAUGCAGCCACAUUGAUGGUGUAAAUAUGAUUUGUUACUGUCCAAAGGUGAGUUACUAUCCACUGAAGCACAGCACAAAACGACACAUUCAUCUCCUAGAAAUAUGAUACUACAAGAGAGUGUAUCGCUAUCCAACAUAUCCUUUUCAAAAACAAUCCGUUACUUGAAUACAGGUAUAAAGUCAACUUUACAAAUAUACUGUAUCCCUUUGGCUCCACGCUCAGUGGACAGUAACUAUUCAUUGUACUUUGGUGGGUGUAAAGGUAAAAGCAGAGAGGGGUUGAUGAGGUUGAGGGCAGCGUUUGUUUGUUCCAAAAUAUAUCAUAUGUAAGGAUAUUGGUCACCUGUGUAAGACUUCAGGACCAGAAGAGUUCUGUACCGAGAUGUCUAUAUUGUUGUUCAUUCAAUCGAAAUCUAUCAAUAUGUGUGAAGGGGAAAAAAACGUUGCUCGUUUGUGAUGCUAUAACGGAACAACCUUUAGGUGUGGAGGGCUGUAAGUCUUUGCUGUGGAAUAGUGGGUAGAGAUGCAUGACAGAAUAAUAGUGACAGCACGGCACCGGCAUGGACAAAAAUAAUGAUAAUGAUGCAUGCAUGGGUGGUGACACGAGAAUACAGUGUGUGUGUAUUUCAUAGUAGAAUGGUUCACAUAGAGCAGGACAUACAGACUGCUUCUGCUCCUCACCUGUUAACAGUAAAGGCUGCUCUGGAAAUAUCCCAACCCAACCCCAGCUAAUUGGCCCAAAAUACAGCAACACUGGGCCACCAUCAGUACCUAAGACCAUUGGCAUAUAAGAUAACUUAUUUUGGAGGGAGGCUUACUGUACUCCAACUUGUCCAACAGUGUUAGUUCCAAAUGCUCCUAUUCUUCUGGUUAUUCUGGUUUCUUACCUUUUGAAAUCCAAACCGCUCCGUUUGCGUAACAGUGAAACUGGGAGAGAUUACAUUUCAACCCAUGGGUUCUCAUCAUGUUCUAAUCAGGUACUGACUGUUAUGCAGUAACUACAGAUCGUCGCUACAGUCAUUUUGCGUCAUACCCAUUUAUUGCCUUAAAGUCUAGUAUUUCAUCUUUUGUUUAAUUUGACUUGUCUUGCACUUUGUUGAGUAUGUGUAUGCUUGGAGCGGGAUCACGAAACCAAAUAGAUUUUUGUGCAAUGUGUGGAACCAGUGGCAGCUCAGAGUAAUCUCUACUACUUAGCUAAGAUCUGUGGCAGAGGUAAUAUACACUAUACAGUGGGGCGAAAAAGUAUUUAGUCAGCCACCAUUUGUGCAAGUUCUCCCACUUAAAAAGAUGAGAGGCCUGUAAUUUUCAUCAUAGGUACACUUCAACUAUGACAGACAAAAUGAGAGGAAAAAAUCCA